AUGUCAUCCCACCCUCUCGACGCCCUCGACCUAAUUCCUACCAAACCCAACCUCAACAGAAGAGACUUAAACCCAAACCUCCUAUACACCGAAACCUCCCUCCACAAACGCUACACAACAAUCUCCAUCCCUUCAACUUACGGCCGACUCCACACAAGCCCCGCCGCAGGGACGGUAGUUGGGAUCGUACUAGGCAGCGUAGCAGGCUUCGUACUGCUAAUGUACAUACUCUACCUGGCCGUGAACCCAGGCGGUGUCGCGCGUGGUGGCGCAGCAGUGCCAACCUCAUCGUCGAUCUCGAUGUCGAUGGACGAAGAAGAGAUCGUGGAGGUGCGCAGACGACGCGGUUCAUCUGCUGGACGGAGACGACGCGACGUCAUCGAAGUUGCCGAGGAAAGGGAGACUUUCCGUGAUAGUUAUCGGCGUCGUCCGUCGACGAGACGUGAUCGCGUCGUUGUUGAGGAGUCUCUGGCUACUUCGACAACUGGAGAUGAGGACGUUAUUGAGGUUCAGGAGGAGGAGUCUAGUGUGCCUUCUGAUGUUUCGCCGCGUCCGCCGCGGAGGUCUAGACGGAGUGGGGUUAGGCGUUUUGAUCCCAUGGCUUAUGGUGGGGAUAGUGAUUAUAGUCCUCAUCGGUGA